AUGCAACAACAAACCGACGCUAUUCACGGUGGGAUGACUCAGAGACGUCAGCCCGAGCUAAAUGCGGACGCCGUGCGCUGCCGCCCUUCGUCAGCUUUUCUGCUUUCCGCUGGCAGGGCGGGAUCUCUGCAACAGGUCGACGACCCCGACCCACGCAUGCAGGAGGGAUUCCUAUUACUACAAACCCGCAUGGUGGCCACUUGCAUGUCGAGUCAAAAUUUAUAA